AUGGGAACUCUCCCGGGGUUUUCAACCCGGUCGGCGGGCUUGCGUCGGACGGAUGCCUAUAAUCUGUCGACCUCGCCCAGCGGCCUCAGCCCGGGCACCUUCAGCAACCUGUCCCCGUGCACCUUCUGUUCCAGCUUUAGCAAGACGGUCAAAGAGCUGGGACAAACCUCAAGCCCUCACCCUGGAGCCAAACCCGAAUUCGCUGCAGAAGCCUCAAGUUGGGUCUUAUUCAAUCAGCUCAAUGGCCUGGCUCUUCUUGCCCUGUACAUCACCUCGUUGGCCAGGAAGAUUCCCGUCCCACCGCCAGCCGCACAACCCACUCACGAUCCUCCCCUAUCCUCUGUGAUACAGGUGAGCUCCCCCGCCCCAAACCUCGUCACGAACCUCCACCCCAACCGCCAGGCACACAGGAACAUACCACAACAGCAGCAUUGGGAUUCCGCCCUGCUCACUGACCUACAUCCACACCACGCCCAUGUCACGCACAAGCACAUACGUCUUGCGACUAACUCGGCGAAGAGGGGCGGAUUGUUUGCGGCAAAAAUCUUCCUGGUAGGCCUGUUGAGUGGCCUGGUCCCCGUCGUAGAUGAACAGGAGACUGGCGGCAUAGAACCGGUACCGGGCCAGCUUACUGACGAUCUGUGCCAGACGGUACAGCUGCUCGAGUAUCCCGGGGAUUUGGUAGACCAGCAGCCUCACUCCCACGCGCACAAAAAAUACAGCUUUGAAGAACAUCGGCUCCAAAAUUACCAGGGCCCCAAAACCGUGUUGCCCUCCAAGACACUUGGAACAAGCCCCGGCACCCAACACUGGCGGACAGCAACAACAAUGCGGCCUCCGGCGAAAUGGUCCCAGAACCCCAGAGCUGAAAAUAUUCAACAAACUCAGAUUCCAGAAGAGGCCGACUCCGUGGUCCUCCCCGACCUCUUCAUCAAAAGCUUCUCGACCUAUUCCGGGCUAUCGACCUAUUCCGGGCUAGAAGUGCCCACCGAGUUGGAGAUCAAGUUUGAGAAGCUCGCCACAGUGAACAAAAGGAGAUCGCCAGGCUCGGCGAGCUUCAUUAGUUUGAGCGUCUCCCGGAUCAUCUUGGCAGCGCCUGACGCCGCCGACAUUGCCCUCAAAUAG